ACGCAGAGAUUGAUGGACAGACUGGACGGAGGCCACUGUCAGUGUCGUAGCACAGCAUCAAAGUCACGUGACACCACGCCUGGGAGGUGUUGUUCUGAGACGCGUCCAACAUCCAUCACAGCCAAACGAUCACAGUCGCCAUCAUCAACCCCCGUCACUAUCAAAUCUUCUUUACCGACUCAAGUGCUACAGAUCUAAACAGUGAGAACAUACAGCAAGACAUCGGCGUCGCGCGCCGUCGACACAGAUCACAGACAUGGACGUGCAGGAGCUCUCGGAUCUCUUGACGUCUUCCACUGCGCACCUCAAGGAGCUCCACGCCCAGCUCGGCCACCCGCCGGACCACCUGCAGGGCGCGCUCACUGCGCUCCACGACGCGCUUAAGCAGGCUGUUGAUGGGCAGGUCUCCAAUGUCGAGAGCGAGGUCAAGGGAGCGAGGGCAAAGGUAGACACGCUCGAGAGCGAGUGCCAGGAAUUGCGACUUGCGUUGGGGGAGGCCAAGCCAAACAGGACAUCCGCGGGAAAGAGGAGCAGUGAGAACAAGAAUUGUGGGACAGAAGAGCUUCCCUUGCUGCCUCGGAUCAGCGCGCUGCAGUCGGAAUGGCAGCGACUCAAGAACUUGCACGGAACACGAAUGGCGCAGGUGAACAAGAUCAGGGACCAGCUCGAGGCAUACAAGCCGUUGCUGGGCAGCUUUGUUGCCUCCUUGUCAGCGCUCGAGGCCGAGUCGCCCGCUUCGUCAAAGUUCGAAACCGUGCCCGUCUCGUACAUCAACACCCUCAACGCCAGCCUGGCAUCGUGCGCCAACGAGGUCCAGAGCAGGCGCAAGGAGCUCGAUGCAACUGUGCAAGCCAUUCUCCAGCUCUGGUCUGAGCUAUGCUACCCUCCGGAUGUGCAGCCCCAGUCCAAUGGCUCGGCCAGCUUCGACUCACUGAUUCUGCGACACCUUCGUCUUCAGCCCUUGUGGGCAGAGGUGGAGAUGGUCGACGAGGAGGGCAACCCUAUCGAGGCAGCCGACGGCAUCGAGACAGAGUACGAGUUCCGAGGAGAAUUUGCGCCCGUCGAGACACUCGAUGGAGAUGAGGGCGAAUCGGCUCCCUCGUCAGGUGGGGCAUCGGUGCCAGAUUCGACGCCGACAAGGUCCUCUGGAUCGCAUGCUGCCCUCGGCCCUGCUCCUCGGCUUAUUGCUGCGCACGAGCUUGCGCCGCUCAAGGAGAAUCUGAAUCUUGCCAAGGCCAAGCGUCAACACCUCGAAGACGAAAAGACACGGAGAGAAGAGCAGAUCCAGGCCCUCUACGAUGAGCUCGUCGAGCUGUGGAUGAAGUUUGACGUGGGCGAGGAGGAGAUGGAUGCCUUUGUCCAGAGCAACUGCGGCUCCACUGCCUCAGUCAUCGAGGCCUACGAGUCGGAGCUGCUCAAGAUGCGCGAGCUCAAGAGCCAGCACAUGGCCCUCUUCAUCUCAAAGGUCCGACAGUCGAUUGCCGACCUCUGGGACGAGAUUCGAAUGAGCCCAGAGGAGAGGACGCAAGACUUUGAACAGUUCUUCUACGACCUCGACGACGGCAGUGGGCAGAUUGACGCAGGCGUCGAGCCGUCGGACGAGCUGCUGAGGCUGCACGAGCAACACGUUGAGGUGCUCAGACGCGAGGCAGAGCUCAAGCGGGUGCCUCUUGCCCUUGUCAAGCGGUACAGGGAUCUGCUCGACGAGGGCAAGGCGCUCGAGGAGAGCGCAAAGGACCAGACGAGGCUCAUGGGAAGGGGAGCCAGGGGCGACCCCGGCCGAUUGCUGCGCGAGGAAAAGACAAGGAAACGUCUCAAGAUGCUCAAGCCAAAGCUCGAAGACGAAUUGCAGCGAGCAAUUCCAGCGUGGGAGGCCGAGACGGGCAAGGUAUUCACAGUCGAUGGCUCCCGCUUCAUCGACGAGCUGGUGGCUUCCAUUGGCGAGGCAGCCUCGAAGAAGCGUCCGCGCGUUGCGUCGAACGCGGCGAGGCCGGUCUUGGGUGCAAGCGAUGCCCAAAAUCGACAGCCUGCGGUGGAGGCCACGCCUCAGACAGGCAACAAGCGGCAGCGACUGAAUAGCAACAUGACAGGCAGUACCGUCAAGGGCGGCGCAAGCAGCAGCCGACUCCUGUCGAACAGCGUCAGCCAGAGCGGUAGCGUGUACGGCCAGACUCCUAGCACGAUGCAGAAGCCAUCCUCGAUCAGACGGCCGCCCGCCAUGGCUCCGACACCAACGCCUUUGUCGAUGAGGCCCCAGAGCAAGGCGGUCAAAACAGCCUCGCCAACGAAGGGAUCCUCAUCAUCAUUCGGCUUCACCGCCCCCGCCAACAGGCAGGCAAAUGGUAACAGCAACAGCAGCGUGGGCUUCAAGGCACCUGCGAGCUUCCGCCCGAGACCGUCGUCGUCGAUCAUGGGUGGUGGUCUGGGCCAGGCGCAGGUCCCCAGAAAUACAUCGCACAACAGUGUCUCAAGCAUCGACACAAACGCAACAACGGUCGUCCACGCCUUUCCCCAGCUUUCGCCGUCCCGAAGACCAAAGACGACCAUCGACGAGGGGACCAGCACGGCAAAGAGAUUCAAGAAGCGAGGCCCCUCACUGGCGCUCCAGCCCUCACUACAGUCUUCGUCGGCUUCGGCAUUCGCAAGACCGAGCAUCUCUGGCGCAGGCGCCACCAUCCGCACCAUCUCCUCGUCGUCCUCUAGCUCGUCGCUGUCGGCAGCGACAACAACAAAGAACAACGGCCCGAGUCCCAAUUGGGCCGUCCUGGAAGACGGCGAGGAGGGCAUGGACGAGGGCCUGCUGCAGGGCGACGCCAUCGAGGCGUAUGGCCUCGAUGCAGAUGACCUGCCUUCCAUGAGAGGCGAAUCCAACUUCCUCGUUGCUUGACCGACCGGACCUUGUUCUCCCUCUCCAGUGUAAUUGCGCCCCCUCCCCUCCCCCUUCCCCAUCUUCCCCCUGUGCAUAUAGGCUUUCCUGCUUUUCUCUGUAUUUUCUUCCCCUUGUCCCCCGCAUCUGGGACGCCCUCGGUGGCCCAAUUGCCUUUGUUCAGUCCAGUACAUGGCGAGAAAGGCAGACUACGUCUUGUCUGUCUUCUUUUUGGAAGGUCUUAUUCUUCUCGAGCAGGUUGGAGAGUGAAAUACAGAUGUUAAAACGCUGACGACUUGACCUCGAAUUGGCUAGGGAAAAGGGCAAAGGAUGCGAGGGUCAGC